AUGGAAGCAAUUACUCUAGGAUAUCAAAAGACUGAAGCAAGCAAUGAAACCUUUGCGCCGAGAAAAGGGAGACACAGCUCAUAUGCGCAGCGCCGCCCUCUUUUGGCGAAGCACCUAGGCCUGGCCCCUUCGGCGACCUGUAGCGCCGCGGAGCAAGCGCAGAAGGUUAGGCCAGCUGCGCGUCGCCAUGGAGCCCGACGGGACCUACGAGCCGGGCUUCGUGGGUAUUCGCUUUUGCCAGGAAUGUGCCGGAACUGUGAUUACCAGCAGGAGGCCGACAACAGCUGCAUCUAUGUCAACAAGAUCACGCACGAAGUGGACGAACUGACCCAGAUUAUCGCCGACGUGUCCCAGGACCCCACGUUGCCGCGGACCGAGGACCACCCGUGCCAGAAGUGUGGCCACAAGGAGGCUGUGUUCUUCCAGUCACACAGUGCCCGGGCCGAGGACGCCAUGCGUCUGUACUACGUGUGCACAGCCCCACACUGUGGCCACCGCUGGACCGAGUGACCUCACCUCUCCCCCGAGUGUAAUAAACACCAGAUUCCA